CUUGCAAAGCCAUGCAGCAGCGCUGAGCUGUCUGCGUUGCUCGCCAUUGCCUGCAUUACAUCACCAUUGCUGCGGCUUUUCAGCACCAAGUGCGUCGCGUUUCUAGACAGUGCAUUGGGCAGUGCUUCCAGCAGCCAGCCUCACAAGUGCAACAAUGAAAGCCACCCUCUUGCUUGCGCUCCAGGGCAUAACCGCCUUCCAGACGCCGCCGCCGCGCCGCCCACCGCUCACGCUCAACGCCGUCGACGCGUUCCGGCAGCGGCGCGCCUGGAGCGGCCCCGCAUACCCGCCGCCCCGGCCCGUGUUUGAAAGAGGCCCGACGCGGCAGCCGCCGCCGACGUUUAAGGAGUGCAUCGCGUUUACGGCUCCCGCGUUGGCGAUUUACGUGGCCGGGCCGCUCAUGUCGUUGAUAGAUGCGGGUUUCGUGGGGCGGCGGUCGAGCUUUGAAUUAGCGGCUCUGGGCCCCGCGGGCACGAUCUCGGACAGCAUGACGACGUUGCUCGUGUUCUUGUCCGUGGCUACGACGGAUUUAGUCGCGAGGGCGAGGUGUGGCGGCGACGACGACGAGUGCGACCUCGACGCGGCGUCGCGGGCAGCGACCACAGGCUUACUUCUAGCCGGCCUCGUCGGUGUACUCGUGGGCGGUUCCCUCGUCAUAGGAGCCAUGCCCGUCUGUCUCUCCUAUUCGAAGAGCGCCGACCUGGCGAAGGCGGCGGCGCCGUACGUGGCCGUGCGCGCGCUCGCGCUGCCGGCCGCACUCAUAGCGUCCGUCGCGCAAGCCGCCUGUUUAGGGCUGCGGGACGCGACGACGCCGGGGCUGUCCGUGGCCAUCGCCGCCGUGUUAAAUCUCAUGGGAGACUUCGUGCUCGUCCCGCGCCAAGGUUUGUUAGGCGCGGCGAUAGCGACGGCGGCGUCGCAAUACGCUGCCGCUCUACUUUUAAUCCUGUCCCUGAAACGGAAAGGAGUGGUCGGUAGAGCCUGCUUCGCCAUCAAGGACCGCCUGAAGCGCAUCCCCACGUCCAUCAAGCGAGACAUUCGGCCCUUCUUCGCGCUGGGGCCCUUCGUCUUCUGCAGCAUGAUGAAACUACUGUUACAUAACAGUAGCGCGAUGACGGCGGCGGCGUUGGACGCGACGCAGACGGCGGCGCACACGGUCGUGUUCUCGGUAGCGAUCUGUGUGGAAAUCAACCAGUGAAUUAGGAUCUUCGUGAGCCUCCACGCCAUCGAGCCGACGCGACCACGGGGACAACGUGGCGUCGAUGGCGUGGAAUUGCCACGCCAUCGCGCAGACGCAGCUACGGAAAGCACGUCGCGUCGAUGGCGUGGGGCGCCCGAAAUUUGAUUUCCACACAGGUCGCCAUGUUCUGCUUCGUCGUAGGAGAUGUCGGUACGUCGCUAGCUUUGGCCUACCUCCCGAGGUUUGUGGGCGACGGCGAAGGGCGAAGACCGCUGGACACGAAGGCGGCCCAACCGACCGUGCGCCAGGUCCUGAGGGCGGGCUGGUGCCUCUCGGCGGUCUGUGUCUUGGCUUCGACGCUCGUGGUGUUGCGUGGUUCAUUGCUCACGUCGGACCGGGCCGUGCAGCGGGCCAUCGCGAGGUGCCUGCCGCUGACGGUGCUGAAUUUUUGCUUCCACGCGACGGCGGUGACGUCGGAGGGGGCGCUGCUCGCGACGCGCGAUCUGAGGUUUUUAUGUUCGUGGUACGCAGGCUUAGGCGUGGCGGUCUUGGCGGCGCACCGAUUUAUUCUCGCGCGCGGGUUGGGACUGCCUGCGAUCUGGCUCACGUACUUUGGCGUGCAAUUCAGUAGAGCCGUCGUCUUUCCCGUCCGGGCGGGCAUGGUCGCGCGGCCGGCGUGGACGCGGCGGCGGUCGGCGCUCGCGUUCGCUUAGCUUAUUAUUGGUGUACUUUGCUACUCCGGGACCCCACCCUUCUCGACCCGGCGAAGUGACGCAAUG